CGUGGUAGCAGUGCUAAUCGUGGAGCAUCACAAGCUGUUAUUGAACAGAAUACUCUGCCCCAUAAAUAUAAACAGGUAAAAAGAUGUGGAGAUGAAGAAGAAGAAAAUGAUGAUCAAUUAGAGAAAUGUACUAUUUGUUUGAGUGAAUUUGAAGAUGGUGAAGAUGUUAGACGGUUACCCUGCAUGCAUCUAUUCCAUAUAGAAUGUGUUGAUCAAUGGUUGUGUACCAAUAAAAAAUGUCCAAUAUGUCGUGUUGAUAUUGAAGCUGGAUCAAAAGACCAGAUAUCUGCUGAUUAG